AUGUUCCCGCAACGACUUUCUUUAGGUAGUUUAUUUCUUUGGGUGGAAGAUUUUAGGCGAAAGAAUAAAGACGGUGUGGUAGAUGAUUGCAAUCUUUUGGGCUUGGGAUUCCGCGGUUAUUUAUAUACAUGGUGGAAUGGGAGUGCACUUCCUUGCUCGACCAAAGCUAGGCUGGAUAGAGUUUGGGUCUCAUCCUCUUGGUUAGCGAAGUUUCCUGAGAGUUCAGUGACUCAUUUACCAGCAGUAGAUUAA